UGGCCGCAAGGCGUGCAAAGAUGCGAACUUAACAAAAUAAUAAUAUUUCAGCGCAUGCAUCGAAGGGAUCCAUUCCUAUGUGGGUAGUGACGCAUUUUGGAAAUUUUGUAACAUGGUUGAAAGGGAGAUUCGCUUUUCUGACGCAUGUGAGGUCACGUAGGAAUACUUUAAUUGUCAUUGCUAUUUUUACUGUGUUUUUUAUAUGGACCAUAUCACGAUUCAUGCCCCACCAUAGACAGGGAAAGCUUCCUGAAGCACCUGCAUAUGAUAAAGUCUGCCUUAGUGAUGUUUUGGAAAAGUGGAAACAAGUGGCUGCAGAUGGUGAUGUGGUGAUAAUCCAUAAACCACAUGAAAAAUCAGAAAAUCCAUACUUACCUUUUGUUGGGAAUGGUAAUGUUGGAGUUGUAGCUACAGACAGUUCUUUUAUGCACAUAGCACUAAUUCAACCCAGCAUGAAAUGGCUUAAGCUGCCGUUCUUCCCUAUUGUAACUGCAAAAGCUUCUAAUGUUCCUAAACCAAGAGAGGCAACAAUUAUUGAUCUUAAGAAAGGUUUGGUUCAUCAACUUCAAACCUACUCCUUUAGCCAUGGAUGUGUCAUUGUUGAGAAUGUAAUUUAUGCUCAUCGCAGUCAAUCCUCUGUCUUGGUCCAAGAAGUUGUGGUCGUUAAUCAUGGGCAUUCUGGAAUCAAAGUUUUGCUAACACAUGAGGGUGCAAAGGCAUGGAAAGGUUCCACCACUAAAAGUUUGAGCUUUGAAAGAACCAUGGACCCAUCCAAAGCUCACUACACUCUCUCUCAUGGGCAAGUAGCCCAUGUGGAUAAAUCAGAACCCGACAUCAAUGUCACAGUUGCCACAUCAAGAGUGCCACCAGAAAUGACAGUGCAAGGACAGAGUACUGGAAUUUUGCGUCACUUAACAGUUGUACACACAUCAAGUUUGUUUGGUCAAAAACCGGCGCCGCGUGUGAAUAUUGAAAAACUCCAGGAGGACGCAGAAAAGGAACUCCGAGCUCUUGUCUCCUUAGACAGUCCAGAAUCAUUGAGAGAAUCUCACAGCACAGCCUGGAAAGAGUUGACUGAGACAGGUUUGUUUGUGGAUCCUCGACAUGAUCCUGACACACCCUCUGGUUUGGAAGUCAACACUACAAUGUACUAUGUCUUGUCGUCUUUUCCUUCCCGUGUCAAUGGAGCAUCAAACCCUCAGGCACACAAGGAUGAAAUGGAAAAACUUCUUCAUAUUCCAGAUCACUGCUUUGGUGGCCCACCCACGAUGCACUCGGCUUCACUUUGGCCCAUGCCCCGGACCGAGUCAGGUGUUACUAAAAUAGCGGCCUUAUGGCAGAGACUGUUGGAGCAGAAUGGAUGCAGUGCACUUGUAAAAGCAGGUGCCGUUGGUAUCAACCAAGCCAUCACGCUCAGUUUUGGAGGCCUGCAGUUCUCCGCCGGACAUUUUGAAUUCGCGGCAAAUCCCGCCUCACUACAUACAACAAUCGUGUUCCGUCAUAUCCACCUGUAUGAAGAUAUGGACAUUUAUCUCACCGUGUUGGUGAAUGCUGAAACUGGACAUGCAGAAAAGCUUCUGGUUAAACCCGUUAAGGGAGGCAAGACGCCUCUUUACGCAUGCGAAGCAGGCUGCCAGUAUGACCCUGUGGAAGUCGGUGAGGCCGAAGUGACUUUCCCAGUUCGUAUGACCAGACCUGUCACACCGCUGCUGUACAUAUCUCAUAACAAGUCUGAGCUAUUGGAGCUUAGAAAACACGUUUUUAUUAAGGAUGCACAUGAAGAAUCGCUCAAGAAUCAUCAUGUCCAUCGCCGCGCAGGGCUCCCGGCAAAGUUCUGGGUUACGAUAGCUUUUCUAAUUGUUGGCUUUCAUCUCUACUUGGCAAAACUAAUUUACUCAGAAUGCUUUAAAGAAAAAGACAUUGUGCGAUCAAAGAUCUACAUGAGCUGACGUCAAAACAACAUUGAGAAUUACGAAAUAUAUGAUUAUCUGGGACACAAAGG